AUAUCAUGUUGAUGUAUUCGUAUGAAUACCGUACGUUAUCGUAUCGAACUCGUCGAAUGAUAAUUCCGCGAAAAGUUGGAGGUUUGUUUGAAAUCGAGCUGUUAGCUUUGUAAAUAGUGUAAUUGUAAAGAAUGCCGAAACGUCCGUGCAUGUUCGAAGACGAUUUACCCCCUCAACUAAAGGUACACGUAGGUCAAAAACAAGUCGACAAUGGUGUUUGCCGAGAAGAACGAAUGAAAACUGUUUACGGCAGAACAAUGGAUUUAUUAAAAGAGGGUGUCAAAUCGCUGUCGCGUAAGUUAAACGAAUCGAUGGAUAUGAAUCUUGACGAUAUACUUUCGUCAAAGGCAUCGUCCUCUUGCAGAAUCAAACAGGAACGUAAUUCGAAACAAAUGGUACUGAAUAGUAAUUUAGAAUUAUUGAAAACGGAUAAAGCUAUAAAAGAUGUUCAUCCAAAGUAUGAUCUUUGCGAAUGCAACCGGGUGAUAGAUCAAAACACAUUUUGCAAAUGUUCUUAUUGUGAUCAAGUAUUAUGUAAUUCUUGUCUGUUCGAAUGUGUCAGUUGUUUGCAGUUAUUUUGUCAAAACUGUUCCUUGCCUGUGUAUGAUUACGAAGAGCAAAAGAAGUGCCUUAAUUGUUACAAAUAAAGCUAAAAUAUUUUAUAAAAUCUCCUUGUAUCCUGUAUUUAUAUUAAGUUUUUGUAUUAUAUAAAUGAUUUUGCUACUUUAAAUAAAGAAACUGAAAUUGC